AUGCGCCCACGCUCUCUACUUGCCUUUGAUUCUUGCACAGUUCUUUUCCUGGCUUUCUUUUCCUUUUCUGACCCUGCUACCGCGCAGUCGCCGUGGUGGAAUCCCGCCGCCGUCGACUAUCCUGCCAACGCCGAGGUUCCGGCGGCCGUAGGCUCUUGGAACACCGAAGCCGCCAGCGCUCAAGUCACCGCCGCCGCUUCGCUCCAGUCACAGUACACCCUUCCAGCGAGCUUGACUGCAUCUUGGCAGACGUGGGAGACGUGGUCACACUGGUCACCCACCUCGGCGACACCGACCCCGACUCCGACGCGGAGCACAUGGUCGCGGAGCUCGACCCUUCCCUCAUCCACGACUGCUGCGAGUAGUAGCUCUAGUAGCAGCUCCUCCUCCACUCUCACCAAGCCGACCUCGAGUCCGACUCACACCGUCAUGGCCAAGGGAUCGCAGACUUCGGAGCCCGCCGACACGAGGAAUAAAUAUUCCUUCAGCGACAAGGGACUUGCCAUCCUCAUUGGCGUAAUCAUAAUCGGUGCGGCGGCGGCUCUGCUCGCUGCCGCGCUCAUACUGGUACAUCUCCGGAAGAAGUACACGGGGUCGUACUUUAAAGCCCCGCCUGGUUCGAUGCAUUCGUCGAUGAAUGGAGGCUCGGAAGGCGAUGCCGAGUCGCUUCAUAAUGAGAAGACAGCGGCGCAGGGUGGCGUACUGCAGGAUAGCGGUGCGCAGGACGGAGCUGCGCAGGAGAGAGCAGCACGUGAUGAAGCAGCGCACGGCGGACCAUGGUUUGGCGGCAUGCUCCACCAUCAGACCUCUCAAAACUCGUUUUCGAACAGCGUGCUGGCAGCGGCUUCUCGCGUCUCGACGCCCGAUCCGGCACGGUUGGCGCACCAGGAGAGUCAGAAAGUGUUGAUACAAGAGGACCACGUGGUUGAAGAUGGGCUCCAUCCGGUUGAGAGACCGGUGUCGAGAGCUUCCUACACGGAAGCAGACAACCUGCUUACCGCAGCCGGUCGACCACAAGAGCUGGAAGGCGGCGGCGGCGGAGCAGCACAUACACCCGCAUCGGAACUAGACGGCGCCCGCGAAGUCCCUCCCGAAACAGCAGCAGCAGCAGCCGCAGCCGCAAUAGCCGCAAACACCAACCACUCCUCCCCCGACUACCCCAACUACCCCGCCUCGCACAACCCCCACGACUCUUCCGCCUGGCCCCAAGACCGCGCCUCCACCCCUCUAACCGCCGUCCCCGUCCACGGCAACGUAGCCAACAACGUCUCCGCACACACCUACCCGCCCUACCACCCCGUCUCCUCCUCCCACGCUCCCCUCCAAGAAGCCCCGUCCACCCACGACCUCCCUCUCCUCCCCUCCACCGCUUUCGUACCCCCACCUCGCCCUCAAUCCCGUCCCUUGGUGGUAAUGCAAUCCCCCACCUCGACCACUUCUUCCGAACGCUACUCCGCUCUGCUGGCUCCGAAUCCCAACGGCAGGGGCACGAUGCCCUACAACCUCGACGACGCGGACGUCGAGACGAAUUUCACCUGCGACUCGACGACGAAUUUGCAGACGCCGCACGCUUCGUUUUGGAAUCGCGAUCGCUGGAUCGUGCCGCCUAACCCCAACUCGCCUUCAUACCUCAACGACACCCGCCACCGCGGCGGCGUGUCCCCCCUCCCCGGUCGGGAAACGUUCAACUCCUCCCCUGGAACCCCUUCACCCGGAACACCCGGCUAUCCGAAUGGUUAUCCGCGCCAAUCUUCGCCGUUGCUACAUCAACGUGCGAACGGAGGGUAUAGAGAUAUAUCCCCUUCAUCCUCGGAGUUCCUACCCACUCCUCGGCCGGACCAACCUCGACCCGAUCGAAGUCGAAGGGAAGGAAAAGCGGCGGUGUUGUGUCCGACGUGGGGCGAACUGUCUGGGUUUGACUUUGAUGGGGCAGCGGUCGUGGAGAGGACGGGAGAAGAGGGAGAGGAUGGAGAGGAUGGGUGGAGGCCGGCGGAGGCGGCGGAUGGGAGGUAUGAGUUGAUGUGA